CGGUCCCCUCGCCGGCCCGUGCGAGGGGCUGGGGCGGCGCGGGUGGGUGCGGGUCUUGGCGGCAGGCUGGGCUCGUCUGGCGCUCCCGCGGCGGCUGCCGUGCCCUCCGUCAGCGGCCCUUCUCCUCCCGCCUUCCGCAGGGCUCUGCGGGCCGUUUGAAAUGAAACCGCUGCUUCCUGCCGGCGUUCCCGCUGCGGCGGUAACCGCCCGGUAUUGAAGGGGAGGAGGCAAGAGCGCGGGGCGGGGAGGGGAGGAGGGCGGCCUGGAGCGGUGCGGUUCGCCUCGCCUCGCCUCGGCCGAAAGCUGCGGUUCCUGCGGCCCCCCUCGCGGGGAAGGGGCGGGCGAGAGGGGGGGAAGAGGGUGAAGUGAGGAAGCAGCUGCCUGGCUCCUGGCGGCCUCUUCGACGCUUCGUGCCCGGCGGGGCACCCCGCGCUUGCCUUGGGGCGGCUUCUGCCUCUGUUCCUUGGACUCUGGGCGUGGGGAGUGAGGGAAGGAAGGAGCCUGAGGCGAUUCCCGGACCCACGUAGAAGGGAGAAGAGGGGAGGGAAGCAACACCCUUCCGCCCUCCCGCCGUUCCAGUGUUGUGGUGCUGCCGCAGGCUGGCCCGCAGAACCAGAGAAUAAAAAUGGGAACUCCUGGAUCGGGGCGGAAGAGAACUCCAGUGAAAGACAGGUUUUCUGCAGAAGAUGAAGCUCUGAGUAACAUUGCCAGAGAGGCAGAAGCCAGGCUUGCAGCCAAACGGGCUGCCCGAGCAGAAGCAAGAGACAUACGUAUGCGAGAGCUGGAGCGGCAGCAAAAAGAGCUUUCUCAGCAUUCAUAUGAUAGGAAAUGGGCUCAUAUCCAGAAAUGGAUGGAAGAUUCAGAGAGGGCCAGGUAUUCUCACCGGUCCAGUCGACAUUCGUAUUUGAGUCCUUUGGAUGUCAGUGCGUCUCAAAGGAGCAGAGCAAGUACCUCCAGAAGGAGAGAUCUUGUGUAUGACAGUGCUAAGGAUAGAUCUGCAAGAUAUUCGGUUCCUAGUCAUGCUUACAGUGAAUCUCAUAGUUCAAAGAAGAAAGCUGCUUAUUCCCAUAAAGACUUGUUGAGUGGAAUUUACUAUGAUCAAAGAAAUUAUAGCAGCCUUAGAUAUAGUAAACCACUUCCUUCCUGCCAUACUCGGUCAUCUUCUCUAUGCAGUGAUCCAGUGGCAACAACUAGGAGUUACAGGGUGUCUCCUUCUGUAAACACUGGUUUGAUAAGAAGUAUCAGUUUGGCAUCUUUGUGUGGUGAUGGAUUACAUAGCUCAUAUAGUUCUCGCACUCCAUCUGAGUACAGUUAUUCUUCAAGAGCAAGCUCAGUUCGAAGUAGUCCUAUGUCCUCUGAUUUUUCUGAUCAAAGUGAAACUGCUGCCGACUAUUUUAGUCGCUCCAACCGCAGGGGAAGCAUUGUGUCCGAUGCAGAUGAUGUCCAAGGUUUGAAUAGUCUGGAAGAAAAGAAUGAAAAAUCACAUUCAGAAAUAUUUUCAAGGCCAUCAUCUCGCAAUUCAGUAAGUGCAACUCCUCUGAGUGGCAACUCGUCUAGGAGAGGAAGUGGAGACACAAGCAGCUGGGUGGAUCCUGAUGCCUCCCUCAGUGAAUUACGGGAUAUCUAUGAUCUUAAGGACCAGAUACACGAUGUAGAAGGGAGAUACAUGCAGGGACUUAAAGAACUAAAGGAUUCACUAGCUGAAGUUGAAGAGAAGUACAAGAAAGCUAUGGUUUCCAAUGCUCAACUAGACAAUGAGAAAAACAACUUGGUUUACCAAGUGGAUACUCUAAAGGAUGUUAUUGAGGAGAAAGAAGAACAGAUAGCAGAGUUGUAUAGGAAGAAAGAAGAGAAGUCAAAGGAAUUGGAGAGACAGAAACACACAUGCAGCGUUUUACAGCAUAAGCUGGAUGAACUUCAAGAGGGCCUUCGACAGAGAGAUGAAUUGAUAGAGGAGAAUCAACGCAUGCAGCAGAAUAUAGACUCCAUAACCAAAGAGGUGUUUGAUCUCCAGGAGACAAUUAAUUGGAAAGAUAAAAAAAUAGGGGCCCUAGAAAGACAGAAAGAUUACUUUGACUGCAUUAAGAAUGAGCGAGAUGAGCUCAGAGAGGAGUUGGCUGACCUGAAGGAAUCAAUGAAGAGAGGAGAGAAACAUGGAUUAGUUAUAAUCCCAGAUGGCACACCAAAUGGUGAUGUAAACCAUGAAUCAGUGGUUGGUGCAAUAACAGUUGUAUCACAGGAAGCUGCUCAAGUCUUGGAAUCUGCAGGAGAAGGACCACUAGAUGUCCGGCUACGAAAACUGGCUGGAGAAAAGGAAGAACUAUUGUCCCAGGUUAGAAAACUCAAGAUGCAGUUGGAAGAAGAACGACAGAAAUAUUCCAAAAGUGAUGGCAUGAACCCAGAUAUCAUAGGCUUAGAAAAUGGUUCGGACUUGCAGCUGAUUGAAAUGCAGAGAGAUGCCAACAGACAAAUUAGUGAAUACAAAUUUAAGCUGUCAAAAGCUGAGCAAGAUAUAACUACCUUGGAACAAAAUAUUGCACGACUUGAAGGACAGGUUGUAAGGUAUAAAAAUGCAGCAGAAAAUGCAGAAAAAGUAGAAGAUGAACUUAAAGCUGAAAAGAGGAAGCUUCAGCGAGAGUUAAGAACAGCACUGGAUAAGAUAGAAGAGAUGGAGAUGACCAAUAGCCACUUAAUGAAGAGGCUGGAGAAGAUGAAGGCAAAUAGGACUGCGUUUUUAUCUCAACAGUGAAGUGGAAAUUGAAAAUAUGAUGCACUGCUCCUUGAAUAACUAGCCCUUAGCUUGUUUUUAAAUACAGACUUUCAUUGGCACAAACUAUUUGAACACUGAGCUGUUCAUUGGUGGUUUAGUUUCAUAAUUAAAUGACAUACUUCUUUUUGUAACUUAUAAGAGAAUUAAAUGUAGUUUGAGUUCCCAUAUGAAUGACAACAAUUUUCCUAUAGCAUUUGAUUCAAGUCAGAGCUGGAGCACAAUGCUGUAUGUUCAACUUAGUGAUAGAAAAUGUUUUUACAACUGUGGAAUCAAGUUUACUCACGAUCUCUUUUGGCUGCUUUAAUGAUGCUUGAUGCUCGGAGACAACUGCAUGAAUUCAAGAAGACACUGUAUUACUGUAUUAUAAACUAACAUAUAUUUGCUCAAGACAUCACACAGCACAAGUGCCUUUUAUCUGGUGCAAUUUACACUUUGUUGUUGAAAUAACCUUUGAAAUCAGAUAACAUUUUAUUUUAAGAUACAUUGAGGUAUUCACUAAACUUUAUACAUUUUGAAAAUACAUUUUUGUAAAAUAUUUAAAUUUAUAAGAAAAAAUAGGGACUUGUAUAUAAAAAUCUGCUUUUUUUGCAUGGGCACACCUGAGUUUUAGGUAAUUUUGUCAAAUACUAGCCCCUGAUACUCUUAGUAUUAAGAGUGCAGAUUCUAAAGCUUCUAUUGUACACCAUCAAACUAUGUCAUCUGCUGCUUCAGUGUGAGUUGAAAUUUUAGGGUGGGAGGAAGGGGUGGGAAAUGUGGCUAAGGAGUUUAUUAAAUGGACACUUUACUGACCAAAACCAGAUAUCUUGUGUUUUCUUCUAAAUACUAAGAUACCAACAGGGCAGAGCAAAAUCUUUGCAGAAUAGUAAAUUCUGAUCUCCGUUUUCCUGAGAAGUAUCUUUUUGGCUUUGAAAUAGUGAGUUUGAAUUUUUUUUCUGAUUUCUUUGCUUGGUCUGCUGCUCCUUGACAGUACUGCCAUGGAGGAGGGGGGCAGAACAAGGAAGAAGGUGCUUUGUGGAAUGAUGUGGGUUUUGUCUGUAGCCUAUUACGUGGACAGUGAAUGCUAAUAAGAACUUCCAGACUUUUCAAGCUGGUACAUCACAAGUGGGAAAUGAGCAGCACCUGCAGUGUCAAUCCUGAAGCAUUUGAAGUCAUGCUGCUCCUCUGUUGGACUCUGCUUGGGGCUAGCAGGAACCCAACAUUCGAUCUGAGAGAAAUCAGUCUUUUGGAUUCUUAUCAAAUGCUUUCCUGUUGCAAAUUGCUACCCUUCAGAAGUAUUUCUCAAAGCAAGACAGGCUUCUGGACUCUUGCAAUCCAGAGGGUUAGCACUUUUACCUGUACUGGAGCUGCUUUCCAAAGGAACAGCCAUCUUGACAGUGCAAAACUGAAGCUUUCUGCCUUUCCUGUUUGGAUGCUAGAUGCCUCUUGGACUUGGAAAAGAAAAUGCCUUCCCUGUUGAGAAAGCUCCUUGUAAGUAGCAGAUCUCCCUAGGCCUCAUUAAAUAAGAGACAACUGUAGUUUGGUGCUCACAUCAAUCAUUGUCUGUGCCAUUUACUGUUUGCGUUCCUGUGUAUACUUGUUCAGAAGAAACUAUCAGGGCCUUGAUUAGUUGUUCUUAAUAAUGUGUAUUCUGAAGAUAAAGGAAUACUUUGGAGGUCUUGAGAGUGUUCACAUGUACAGAACUCUGCCAAAAUCUUAUUUGACAUGGUGGGGAGCACAUCUACUGGUUCACUUCCUCUAAGCCUGUUGAAGCUGGACGGUUUAUGGCACAGGGUCAACUGUGUGAUUUCAGUUUUAACUGUGACAUAAGGAGUAACAGGUAAAACAUCAGUACAUCCUUUCUAAAGAUCAAGAUUUUUAGUACUUUUUAGAAAAGUCGUUUAUUACAAAGCUGUGUUAGUGUAGCCAUUUUAAGUGUAGAGCUUUCCCAACUUUUUCUACUAGAAAAUAAAAACAAGUUAAACAAGUUAAAUUGGGAUUCCCAACAUUUAGACUGACUAAAUAAUACUAGAUUGUGUGAUCUGAUAUGACUCUUAAGGCACUUGAAGGAGCUAAGAGGGAACAGCCUUAGGAAGAAUUAAUUGCAGACCUUUUUCUGAAACAUCUCUUACCAGAAGUAAGAGUAGUGUUUCACCAGACUCUUGUGAAUUUGUUUCACAUAGGUGUUACAGAGCCAAAUAAAAAAGACAAGCAAAAGCAGCAAAUAAACCCAACAUGAUUAUCAAGUUCCAUUAUUAAGUUUUCCUUGUAAAUCUGUUUCAGAGUCAUGCAAGCAAAGACAAUUUUUAUUAUAACCAUAUUGUAACUGAUAUUUGUCUGGAAAUUACUUUUUCAAGGUGUGAUUUUUACAUUGUUGUUAGUGAUAAUGCAAGUUAAUGUUGCAAACUACUUAGAAGGUAUAAGAGGUCUGUCUACUAAGAAGGUACACUGAAGUUUUAAAAACAAUCCUCCAGGAUGGCCCAUGCUGCUUAGUAGCUUCCUGUUCAAAUUUUGGUCCUUGACAUUUAACAAACUGUUUAACAAACUGUUAAAAGCUCAUUUAGCACAGUAAAUUUACUGGCCACCUUUUUAACAUAUUUUUCCCCUGCAGUCUAAGCAAUUGUAUUUGGUUGGUGGCAUAACAAAAUCUUUAGAAGCAAAAUGCUUUUUUACUUGUAUGUGCCUGAUGAACUUUCUUUCUGAAGGAUCCACACACUAGUCAAGUCAGUAAUUAUUCUUGUAGGGGUGCAGUCAGCAGUUGUUCACCUUUUGGUGUUACCCUUCUCCAUUUCUCUGUCUGCCCGUGAUUUCUUUCUACAGUAUGGGAACAAAAAGUAUGUUCUGUUCUCCUGUCAUUUUGGUAAAACACACACAAAGCAGAUGAUUGAUUCACAUGCUCUGUGUUAACACUGAAAAUGCAGAGUGUUUCCCAAAGCUUUCCAAAAGGGAAGACUGGUUGGUUUUGCUUCCUAGACAUGGUAUCUUAUAACAUGGUAGUUCAUGACGGAAUGUAAGACUUCCUGAUCACACUAGGGUUCUAAUCUUUAAGCACCAAGUCAACUGUGCUCUGAAUGACAUGGGGCAAAGUGUUGAUAUUUCUAAGGAUUUUUUUCAUUAUAAUUUUUCUGUAAUACUGGGAGGGAAGGGGGAAAUGUCUUUCAAGAUACUUUUGUCUCUACUACCUGGGAGAGCUAUAAAAGAUGACAGUGCUUUUAUCUUUACUAGGAUAAUGCCUGCAAAAUUCAGUAAUGGAGUUUAUCUUUCUGUUGCCCACAAAAGGGAAACCUCCAAAUAGAGAGAGACCAGCAUGAUCUCACUAAAAUCCCAUCUGAUUGGAUAAGUCUUCGAUUUCAGGGCCAUGCCAUGACCUCAGGAAAGAUGAACCUUGUUGGGAGGGCAUCAUCUCAGGAGACAUACCCACUCUCAGCCCCGUAGAUGUCACUGUGUCCUGAACAUCAGCCAUUUCAACUAGAUCACUGGCAUCUUCUGUUUCAGCAUCCUGUGGCCUGACUGUUAAUUCUAAAAUUCUGAGGUGUUUUUUUUUUUAUUUUGUUAUUUUGUGCAAGAUGUACUCGUGUGUGUGUGUGUAUAUAUUAAAUGGACAAGUUAAAGUUGUAAUCAGAAAGGCACACAAUCAGUAUCACAGUUAACAUUAAGCAAGGACAUCCUGGAAUAAAUAGGCUGUGCAGAGACAGUUAAUCAGGAUGUUUUGAGGUUAUGUACAUGACUAAUUUGGCAAGAAUACUCAAGGUCUAUAUGGAUAAUUGGACCUAAAGAAUACAGGAUGUGAUACAAAGAACUAAAAGAGAAAUUAACUUCUGAACCAGUCAUGGGCAGUUAGAGGUAUAAAACUUGUGAUAUUGUGUUAUUUUGGUGAACUUAGCUCAUCGUAAUGUCAUUAUAAUACUAAAAAUCAUACCUCCAGAUGAAAAAGACCCCUGCCCAGGUGAAACCCCUCCCCUGAGCAUGUGUAAUAGUAGAAAUAGUGAGGUAACUAUAUCAUAAUAAUAUGUAAAUUGCUAACCAAUCAUUGUAAAAGAGGAUGGACUUGUAAGCUUCCUUUGAGUAUAAAUACAUCAUGGAAAGUCUCUUUCGGUGUGCUUGUUUUGUGGAAAACUGUUGAGCACCCAGCUUUGCAUAAACCUGAAAUAUAACUAGCAAUGAUGUCUCCUUGCUAAUAAAUGGAGCCUCCUUGUCUGUGUUCUAGGAGAUAGCAUAAUUGCACCCUUGGGAGGUUCUGCAUUAACCUCUGUCAUCCCUUCACUGGGGCCUGUACUUAGGGAAUAUAGACAUUUACCACAAAAAAAAGCUAUCUAGAGAAACACCUCAGUGUUCCUGAGAUUGCUGAGAUGUCUUGGGAGUUACCAUGAAAAGCAGUACUGAGAAAAAAAAAAAAAAUAAAUAAAUGUUGUUUUGAUACAAGUAUAGGCAUGAAAAAAGAGGGUAUGUAGUAGGGACUGACACUUGCAGAUACCAAUGGAGAAAGCUCUUUAAAAAAAAAGAAAAUCAAACCAGUUUAAACAGAACCAGUGUAUUUGUGACAAGCAAGUGCAUAGUGGCUACACAACCUUACGAGCAUCACUGGAGACCACAAGUUGCUUGUUGGCCAAAUGACAAACAGGCAUUCGCCAUGAUUACAGAAAGCUUGUAGGAAAAGUUACUAUUUCUGGUCUGACCAGCUGAGGCUUUGUUGAGGAAAA